UCUCUUUGUGUGUCAAAAUUCAGUUCUUUUGUGGGAAAUUGGAUGGCAAUUCUAUUAGUUUCUUAAAACUUUAAUUUGAAAUUUCUUCAUCUGUUUUCUACUUCUUCUUUCUAUGUAAUGGAACAAGUGAGUGAGUAUUUGGUAGCUUGGCUUUUAAGAAAGCUGAUUUUGGGUGUUCUGUUCGGGUUUAUGUGUACUUUGUUGAAACUUGGUCGGACAAGAAUAAAGUGUUGGAAUUUUUUUAAGUUAUGGGGUGUCUUUUAGGUCCAAUUUUUCUUCAUAUGAACUUGAGUAGUUGGAUAGAAAAUAGGCUAUAUGUGUUCUGUUUUUAUACUAUUGGGAUAAUAAUUUUUAGCCAAUUAGGCUUUAUUUUAAAUUCUAAUUCAAGGAUUAGUAGAUAUUGUGUUCAAUUCUGGUGUAUUCCCAUUAAUGCGUAAAUCUGUUUAAGUAUAGAUAAUUAAGCAUGGAUGACAGUAGAUUACCUUAAUUAAUCUUCAAAGUUUGAUGCUUCCUCUGAGACAUUAUGCUGCUUGUGUCCUCCUUUUACGAUGAUCGUAGAAUGUAGUAUAUUUUUGCAGGGAAUCUAGUGGGGUUUUUUUCCUUUGAUACAAGUGACUGAACUAUGUGAACUGUGGGUGGCAACUAAAUAUGCAUUUCAUGUAGAAUGGUCAUCAUAAGCGUCUGUUUGCCAUAACUGAAUAAUAUUGAAAUCAUCUAGCAAUUUAAGUGUGUUUCAUGGUUUUGCUCAAUAGGUACAAAAGGUCUUAACUUCAGCCUGAAUUUGUGAUCAUCAAGUGUUUGUUUUCUGAUUUAUGCUGGUGUGAUAUUCUGUGUUUGAAGUUUAAGUCAUAAAGGGUCUUGCCGAUUAUGACCUUAUUGUUAUGGAAUUCCCUCUGUCCAUUAUAGAGGCCAGCAAGGAGACUACUAUAUCUUAGUCAUGGACAUGCUUGGCCCAAGUUUAUGGGAUCUUUGGAACACUAAUAACCAAAUGUUGUCUGAAGAUACAGUUUCUUGUAUAGCAGUGGAGGCUAUAUCAAUUCUAGAACAGCUUCAUUUCAAAGGUUUUGUGCAUGGAGAUGUUAAACCUGAAAACUUUUUGCUUGGUCUGCCCGGAACACCUAAUGAGAAGAAGUUGUAUCUUAUUGAUCUUGGUUUGGCAUCAAAAUGGAGAGAUUCAUCAUCUGGUCGUCAUGUUGAAUAUGACCAAAAGCCGGAUGUUUUCAGGGGAAUUGUACGCUAUGCGAGUGUAAAUGCUCAUUUAGGCAGAACAGGGAGCCAUCGGGAUGAUCUUGAGUCACUAGCUUAUACCUUGGUAUUUCUUCUUAAAGGAAAACUUCCUUGGCAGGGCUACAUUGGUGACAAUAAAGGGUUCCUUGUCUGUAAGAUAAAGAUGGCAACUUCCUCUGACACAUUAUGCUGCUUGUGCCCUCCUCCUUUUAAAAAAUUCCUUGAGAUGGUGACCAACAUGAGAUUUGAUGAAGAACCCAAUUAUUCAAAGCUUAUUUCUCUUUUUGAUGGUAGCAUAGCUCUUAAUGUGUCUCUACGACCAAUCAGAACUGAUGUGAGCUAAGUUUGGUCAAAAAAGAGGAAGAUCACUUGUGGAGUUAGAAGAUGGUGGGCAGCCUAGGAAGAACGUUCGAUCAGGUAGUCCAAUCUCUCAGUGGAUCUCAGUAUUUAAUUACAGAUCAGCAAUGAAGCAGAGGUAGUUGAUGCAGCUCUCCGUCACUUUUUCUAUUUUUCAUUAUCUUGUUCUUUGUCUCCUUUCAUAUUUUAUGUUUUUAAGAUAUUGGCAUGCUAGAAAUACACUCUGUCUGGUCUUUAUGGUUC